CUUAAGUGUGUUUAAAAGCCAAAGCGUGAAAAUAAACUACCUUUACAACCUGUAGGAAAUUAAUAAUGUAUUCUUCAAAAACAACAAACAUACUUAAACUUCUUUAGUGUUCAUUUAGUGAUUAAACCGAGAAACAUAGUUGAAUUACAGUAUCCUACGCCAUUGACGUCACAUCCCUGCGCCAUCAAAGGUCUGUUGCUAUAGCAACAUGACUUUUAUUUACACGCUCUUGGCACUGCAUUGGCGAAAACAACGGGGGAAAACUUGAAUUGAAAAGAGAUUAAAUUUUUAGACUUUAAGCGCAACUAUCUAAUAUAUUUGGAUGAAAACAAAAAACACAAGACGGAGGAAAAAUCUAUUAAUAAAAACAGGUACAACCUGCUGAGAACAACAAGAAAACCAGUGUGACUACUCACUGCAGUCAUGCAGUCAAAAGUGUGUUUAGAAAUUGUUGGUUUAAUUAAAGACAGCAGCUUCCAUGUUGCUAAAUGUAUUGCUGAGGGACUAAAGCAAAAAUUUCCAGAUGCAUUCCUUGAACCAAAAAUUCAACCUCUUCUUGAGAUUGACUGGGUCACAUAUCAACAAGACAAGAUAAAGGAGUUGCGUGGUGAAGUGUGGCAGUACUCCAGCAACCUGAUGUGCUUUCUGGACGACUGUCUCCUCGGAGAUGACAAGAGUUUGUCCAGCUGGGCCAAGGAACAAUGGAGCUUCUCUUUCCGCCGACCAAAGGCUUUCUACCAGGACCUAGCAGAGGAUGAAUAUAUAAAAUUCCUCCAGAAAACUGGGCAUCAGUUUGUCUACAUGGACCUUGAUUUGGCAGGAGAAGCAGCCGGGAGAUUGUUGUUUGAGCUCUACACAGACAUCUGUCCGAAGACGUCCAAGAACUUUGAAGCUCUGUGCACUGGAGAGCAGGGAGUUUCAGAGAGCGGCCUCCCACUCUGCUACAAGGGCUCUUUGAUUCAUCGAGUGGUACCUUGCGGCUGGGUGCAAGGUGGAGACAUUUCUCCAGGAAGUAGAGGUAAUGGAGGCGAGUCCAUCUAUGGUCCAGUGUUUGAAGAUGAGAGUUUUGCUGUUUCUCACUCAAAGCAGGGCAUGCUGGGAAUGGCUAAUAAGGGGCCCCAUACUAAUGCAUCCCAGUUUUACAUAACCCUGCAGCCAACUGCUUGGAUGGAUCUGACCUAUGUUGCCUUUGGACAAGUGAUUGAAGGUGUUGAUGUUCUCAGGAGACUGGAGGAGAUUCCCACUUCCAAUGAAAGACCAAAGUUUGACUGUAAAGUAUCAGAUUGUGGAAUAUUCAAGCUGGAAAAACUAACACCAGCGGAACAAACCGUAACACCAUUGGAGCCCUCUGUUUAAAUCCUAUGGAUUUAAAUUUUCUUGUAGUGCUAUGUGACAGGGGGCCACAUGGUGGACUUUACAGUAUAACUCCUAAAUCAGUCCAGAUCAAUGCAUUUUACAUGCAAGGUGUUUUGUUUCAGAACAACAAUGUUUGUGUUUGACGUCAUGAUGCAUCAUCUUCCUGUUUGUACUGAAAGCUUAUUCUGAAGAGGUUUGGUUGGUUAAACUGGUUUUGUACGUGAUCGUAUCAGCAUGAACAUGUGACCUGUUUAAACAUGACCUGUUUUUCUAUCAAGUAAUUAAAAAAAUAAA